AAUGCAUAUUGGUGGAUUUUUAACUUCCUAUGGACCAGGUAUAUCAAAUGAGGUUGCAUUGAUGUUAUGCUCAGCACCAUUACUAAGGGAUGUUAGACUGAAUGCAAGCUUUCACCCUACCUUCUAUGAAACUCUUGCCAGAGAAGAAAGGAAAGCCACAGUCCAUACUCUUCAGAUUGAGAAUUAUGAGCCUCUAUCAUCAGCCUCUUCACAUCACCUAGUAGAAGCUUUAUGCUUCCUACCUAACCUGACUAACCUGAUACUGAGAAGAGUUUGUGACAAGGAGGAGUUCUGUUCUCAUCUGAAUGAGAAGGCUUCAACCUUGAAGGUCCAUACUCUUCAGAUUGAGAAUUAUAAGCCUCUAUCAUCAGCCUCUUCACAUCACCUAGCAGAAGCUUUAUGCUCCCUCCCUAACCUGACUAACCUGACACUGAGUGGAAUGUAUUACCAGGAGGAGUUGUAUUCUCAAUUGAAAGAGAAGGCUUCAACCUUGAAGGUCCAUACUCUUGAUAUUGGGAAUAAUAAGCCUCUAUCAUCAGCCUCUUCACAUCACCUACAUGUAGUAGAAGCUUUAUGCUCCCUACAUAACCUGACUGACCUGAUACUGAGUGGAGAUUUUGACGAGGAGGAGUUCUGUUCUCAUCUGAAUAAGAAGGCUUCAACCUUGAAGGUCCAUACUCUUGAGAUUAGGAAUUAUAAGUCUCUAUCAUCAGCCUCUUCACAUCACCUAGUAGAAGCUUUAUGCUCCCUACCUAACCUGACUAACCUGAUACUGAGUGGAGUUUGUGAAGAGGAGGAGUUCUGUUCUCAAUUGAAUGAGAAGGCUUCAACCUUGAAGGUCCAUACUCUUCAGAUUUGGAAUAAUAAGUCUCUAUCAUCAGCCUCUUCACAUCACCUAGCAGAAGCUUUAUGCUCCCUACCUAACCUGACUAACCUGAUACUGAUAGGAGUUUGUGACAAGGAGGAGUUCUGUUCUCAUCUGAAUGAGAAGGCUUCAACCUUGAAGGUCCAUACUCUUCAGAUUGGGAAUAAUAAGCCUCUAUCAUCAGCCUCUUUACAUCACCUAGUAGAAGCUUUAUGCUUCCUACCUAACCUGACUAACCUGAUACUGAGAAGAGUUUGUGACCAAGAGUUCUGUUCUCAUCUGAAUGAGAAGGCUUCAACCUUGAAGGUAUAUCCGCCUCUACUUUAUACCCACACCAUGCUUGAAAACAUGGAAUAAUGAAAAAAAAAAAUUAUCUAAUUUUAUUAUGUUAAAUACAUUAAAGAACAUAUUUUCAUACUAUUUAGGAGUGAUUAUUAAUAAAGGAGACUAGAUGAGUAAAUGUUUUGGAAAUGUGGCUCUAAUGCACAGGUAUGCUGUAAUUGAGAAAUUGUCAUAUCUUCAAGUGUUUGGUAAUGGUUGAUGUUGACAUAUGGAAACCUUUUUAACUUUAUCCAUAUGUGAUUCUUCCUAGUCAUCUCUUAUGAUAAUACACAUGGAAGAUAUAAAGAGAAAUAUCAGCUUCAAAAAGGUGGGAGAGAAAGUAGAUCAUUGAAUAUCAGAGGUACAUGUGGUAUGUGUAUGAGAGUGAUAUUGACCAUGAUACAUACAAUGUAUACAGUACAGUGAGAGCUACAUUGAGUGUAUACAUGGAACAUAACAAUAGGAUGAAAUGAACAAUGACCAGGUGGUUUAGAUUGAGAUGGUAUGCAGGGUAAAAGCUGGAAUGGAAAAUGGUAUAUACAAACAUGAUAUGAAUAUAUACAUACUGUUUCCUUGCUGACUCACAUAUAUAUACCUGCCUCACAACUUGGCAUCAGUUCCAAAUUAAUGUUUUUCAAUCAACAUUACAUAUAUCUUUUGGCAAGACAAUAAAUGUGUUUUUGCCCUGCUCAACCUAUGUUUAGUGAGUUGGUGUCUGAUGACAUAUUUCUUUAGAAUACGUCUCAAUUCUCGCUACCCCAAAUAGCGAUUUCGCCGAGAUCCGGGAAAAAUCCCUGUAACGUGCAUUGCAUUAUGGGAUAGCUUUUCGGUAUUACAACUUCCUGUUCGGAAGUCCAAAGCACUGUUUUGCCAUUCAGAUCAACAGUGCCGUCAUCCACAACACAACGUCGCUUUCGCUCGGAAAGUUCGUGAUCACAACCCUCUCUUUCAAGAUAGUUUAACGGCCUUUUCUGCUAAAGUCACUAAUUCUGCCCGACGCUUUCCAUUGCACGGUAUUCCUCUGUCAGUUAAGAUUUUUUUAAGUUCCGAAAAUGAUUUUUUAAUCCAUUUUGUGGUCAACGAAAAAUUGAACGGAAUGAAUGCUGUAGUGUAUAUAUUUAGCGUCUAGUCGAAUACGAUCGUGAUGUCAGGCCGGUCACUAAAUGCAAAAUUUUAAGAUAUUCAUUUUUUGUUUAAUUUUUUUAUAACCAAAUAAAAAAAUAUAUUUUUUAGGCAUUAUCGUGGUUUAUGUCACCAGUCCAUUCACUGCCGUGUAUUUCGUCAGCGUUGGUGACAUCUUUCCACUCCCUUUGACUUUGUACACAACGAGCGCGCACACACCGACACACACGAGAAGAGAGGUGACAAAUUUUACGAUAAGGCAAUUUUUUUUUUUUAAAUAAUUCAAAUGGAAUCAAAACUGACCAAAUUAAAUAAAAGGUAUUAUAAUCUGUACAUAUUACGCUGAUUGGCAUCGAUUUCAGCGUGGUGGAAAACUCAGUAUCGCGAACCUCGCGCGAGCAUGACUCUGAACCGGAAGUGGUGAUGACGACCCGACAGAGUGAAUAUUAUCUCGUCUCACGCAUUAUGAGAUUUUUGUUCCUAUUUGGGGUAGCGAGAAUUGCUAAGGAAUAUAGUACUCAUGAUUAAUAGAUUUACAUUAAAAAUGAAUAGUUUUAAUGUUAUUUUAAAUCUUGUGUGUGUUAUGAAAGACUUAUUCAGCAAGGAAUGACAAUUUUGUUUCAAGGACAAUGAGGAGAAAAUAAAUCAUAUUUCAUAUAAUGAAAUACAAAAGAAAUAGUGAGUGAGUGAUGUCAUCAGUCAUCUCAUUUGCAUAUUGACCAGGAUGUGCAUAUAACUGUUUUAUGAAAUUAAGCGAAACUUUAAAAUGUCAUAACUUUCUUAUUUUACAUCAGAUUUUGAUGACAAGUCCACCACAACUUUUCAUUGGGGUGGACUUUUCCUAUAAGUGCAUUUUCAAGCAAUUUCUUAUCCAGUGAGCCUUAGAAAGUGAAACAUAUUUUUCGAGAUCCAUAUGUGAAUAUGAAUUUGAUAGUUUACAAUGGAAAAGGAUCAAUGAUGCAAAGUAUGACUGAUAACAUUUGAAUAGAAUGAUAGAAUUGUAAAGAAUAAGCCAAAAAAUGGGAGAAUAUAUGGAGAAAGAGAA